CGCGCCAAUCAGAAAAUUGAAAGCAUUAGACCCGCCUUCCUUCGUACUUGACGUGUGCAGUCUCCGCCCUUCUACUUCCUCUUUUACAGUGGCAGUCAGCGAGAGACACCAUGAAGGCGUCUGGCACACUUAGGGAAUACAAAGUCAUUGGGCGCCUGCUGCCCUCUGCCAAGAACCCCACUCCUCCUCUGUACCGCAUGAGGAUCUUCGCCCCCAACCAUGUCGUGGCCAAGUCUCGCUUCUGGUACUUCGUCUCUCAGCUCAGGAAGAUGAAGAAGGCUUCUGGAGAGACAGUCUACUGCGGCCUGGUGCACGAGAAGACACCACUCAAGGUGAAAAACUUUGGCAUCUGGCUGCGUUACGACUCUCGUAGCGGCACCCACAACAUGUACAGAGAGUACAGAGACCUGACCACAUCUGGAGCGGUCACACAGUGCUACCGGGAUAUGGGAGCCCGCCAUCGUGCCCGCGCCCACUCCAUCCAGAUCAUGAAGGUCCAGGAGAUUGCCGCCAACAAGUGUCGCAGACCUGCCAUCAAGCAGUUCCACGACUCCAAGAUCAAGUUCCCCCUGCCCCACAGGGUGCUGCGUCGCCAGCACAAGCCCCGCUUCACCACCAAGAGACCAAACACCUUCUUCUAAAGGACAUGUCUUGUUCACAC